AAAAAAAAAAAAAAAAAAAAAAAAAAAAGGAAAAAGGGGAAAAAAAAAAAAAGGAAAAAAAAAAAAAAAGAAAAAGCCUCGAGGGGGGAGCCGUGCGGUGGGGGGGGUCCCGAAACCAUCUUAUAAACCGGAUUGCACGGAGCGAGGAGGAAAAACAACAACAAAAAAAAGAAAGAUACAAAAUAUCCCAGCGAAAGGCGACCGCCCGCCGGCUGCGGCAGCCGCCCGCCCCCCGCCCCGCGCUCCCGCUGGCCUCGGGCUGCCUUUGUGUCGGAGCCCCGCGCCCCAGCCCGGCGCAGGCGGCGGCUGCAGCGCGGCGCGGACCAUGCCCAGCUCGCUCUUCGCCGACAUGGAGCGGAACGGCAGCGGCGGCGGCGGAGGAGGAGGAGGAGGCGGAGGGGGAGAGACCCUGGAUGACCAGCGAGCCCUGCAGAUCGCCCUGGACCAGCUCUCCCUGCUGGGGCUGGACAACGACGAGGCGGGCUCCAUUUACGACAGCGAGCCUCGGAAAAAGAGCGUGAAUAUGACGGAGUGCGUGCCGGUGCCCAGCUCGGAGCACGUCGCGGAGAUCGUUGGCAGGCAAGGUUGUAAAAUCAAAGCUCUGCGGGCGAAGACCAACACCUACAUCAAGACCCCGGUGCGCGGGGAGGAGCCGCUCUUUGUUGUGACGGGCAGAAAGGAAGAUGUGGCCAUGGCCCGCAGGGAGAUCAUCUCGGCAGCCGAGCACUUCUCUAUGAUCCGAGCCUCGCGGAACAAGAACACAGCCCUGAAUGGCACCGUCCCCGGCCCCCCCAACCUGCCCGGCCAAACCACCAUCCAGGUGCGGGUGCCUUAUCGCGUGGUGGGCUUGGUCGUAGGGCCCAAAGGGGCCACGAUUAAGCGCAUCCAGCAGCAGACGCACACCUACAUUGUGACGCCCAGCCGGGACAAGGAGCCGGUCUUCGAGGUGACGGGCAUGCCUGAGAACGUGGACCGGGCACGGGAGGAGAUUGAGGCGCACAUCGCCAUGCGAACCGGCGGCAUCAUCGAGCUGACGGACGAGAACGACUUCCACGCCAACGGCACGGAUGUUGGCUUCGAGCUGAAUGGCACGGGCAGCCUGUGGAGCAAGCCCACGCCGCCCAGCAUCACGCCCACCCCGGGCCGCAAGCCCUUCUGCAACUACCGCAACGACAGCUCCAGCUCGCUGGGCAGCGCGUCCACCGACUCCUACUUCGGGGGUGGCACGGGGGGCGGCGGGGCCCGCCUGGCCGACUAUAGCCCCCCGAGCCCGGCGCUCAGCUUCACCCACAACGGCAACAACAACAACAACAGUGCCAACGGUUACGUCUACAGCGGAGGCGGUGGGGAUGUGCUUUCCUCCCCGGACUGCUGCUCCGAGCUGCCCUUCGACUCGCCACCUGGCUUCGACCUGGCACCCGCCCCGCCGCCCGGGGCUGCCCUCCUCUGGCCGCAGUUCGAGCGCGGCCCCGCAGCCGCACCGCCCUCGCCCGCGCCCUCGCCUGCCGCCGCCGCCUUCCCGGGCGCUGCGCCCGCCAAUGCCAACCUGGCGCUGCUGGUGAGCGGCCCGAGGCGGGGCGGCAGCGCUCCGCCCCCGGCACGGCUCUCCCCGCCCCUGCACGGCAGCGCGGCGGCGGCGGGGCCCGAGCACCCGCUGGCACGCCGGGUGCGCAGCGACCCGGGCGGGCGGCUGCUGGCCGCCUCCUACCCGCUGUACGCCAACGGGCUGGGCGGCCAUCUGCCAGGUCUGCCCUCCGAUUCAUCCGCUUCCUCCUCUUCCUCGUCCAGCUCGUCAUCCAGCUCGUCCUGCUCGUCGUCGGGCGUGCGGCGGAAGGGCAGCCGCGACUGCUCGGUGUGCUUCGAGAGCGAGGUGAUCGCGGCGCUGGUGCCCUGCGGCCACAACCUCUUCUGCAUGGAGUGCGCCAACCGCAUCUGCGAGAAGACGGAGCCGCAGUGCCCCGUGUGCCACAGCGCCGUCACCCAGGCCAUCCGCAUCUUCUCCUGAGCCCGGCGGCCGGCUGGGUGCUGUGCGGUGCAUGCUAUACAUAAUAACGGGCGACUCCAUUCUAGUGCUAGGCUAGUUUUUACACUGUACUUUAAUACGAAGCUUCCAAAUCUUCCCUUUUUUUAAAAAAAAAAAAAAAAAAAGAACAAAAACUGUUGAAAAAAAAUGAAA